UUUAAAUGGCUACACCGUGCAGGACUGUACAGUCGCUCGCGCUGUCAUGAAAUAACUUCAUUCUUAAUUUCAUCCCGUUCAUUUAAUAGCGGUUUGCGUUUCUUGCAUCGCAAACAAAGAAACAAAUCACUCGUAUAUUUAUACAUCUACGCGUUCACGAAAAGCCCCAAAAAUGAGCGAGGAAGAAGAUACGCUGCUGAAAACUAGACAUGCAUUUGAAGAUCUGUGUCGAGCUCUGAAUAUGGAUGAGGAGUCGAGUAACGGGGCAUGGAGGAGUUAUGAAAAUAUCAGCAAAAAUUACACUCUGGAGGGCAGUGAACUGCACUGGUUGGCGUGUGCUCUGUAUGUGGCGUGCCGCUCAUCGGUGCCCACUAUAGGUAAAGGCACAGCCGAGGGCAACUAUGUGUCUCUGACCAGGAUACUGCGCUCUUCACAACAGAGUAAUUUUAUUUUUAAUUUUGGUUUGGUUUUUUUUUUAAAUGAAGUGAUGGAAUGGCAGGACAUGGCCAACCUGCCCAAGGAGUUCCAGCAGAGCACUGAGAAACUAGAGAGGAACUUCACCGUCACAUCCGUCAUCUUUAAGAAAUACGUGCCCUUGUUCAAAGACAUCUUCAAGGCGCCCACAGAUGAAUUACCCAGAACGCACAGAGGCAGGAAACAGAGACGACAUCCCUGCACCGUCACCGAGGUCUUCAACUUCUGCUGGAUCCUGUUCAUACAUGCUAAAGGAAACUUCCCAAUGAUAAGUGAUGAUCUGGUGAACUCGUAUCAUCUGCUCCUGUGUGCUCUGGAUCUUGUUUACUGCAAUGCUCUCCUGUGCUCUAGUCGUAAAGAUCUGCUCAACCCAGCUUUUAAAGGACUGCCUGAGGACUUCAACAGUAAAGAUUAUAAGCCCAGCCCAGGAUCAUUAUGUUUCAUAGAGAAGCUGUGUGAGCUUCAUGAUGGGCUGGUGCUGGAGGCCAAAGGAGCAAAGGAGCAUUUCUGGAAACCCUUCAUCAAGAAACUCUUUGAGCGCAAGGUUUUGAAAGGGAAAGAAGACACACUGACAGGGUUUUUAGAGCCAGUGAAUUUUGGUGACAGUCUUGCUUCUCUGAACCGUGUAUAUGAGGAACACGUGUUAUCAUCCGGUUCUCUGGAUGAGAGAAUAUUUCUGGGAGAAGCGGCCAGAGAAGACAUUGGCACCCCAGGACCUUGUUUGUGUGAAGGGACAGAAAACCAGGAACGGCUGACCAACCUCCUCCAGAACUCAAUGACAGCAUCUGCUCUGAAAGUGUCCACUCCUUUGACAGGAAGGAGGUAUGUGCCGGAGAGCAGCGUGGGUACCCCCGUUUCCACGGCGAUGCAGAGUGUGGGCCGUCUGCACACUCUGCUGACAGGAUUCAAAUACAGACCCAGCAUGAGACUCAGAGACAUAUUCAGAUCAUGUGUAAGAGACCCCAGUGAGUCCAUAGCAGCCAGACUAAAGGAGAUGUCAGAGAUUUUUCUUAAGAAUUAUGAGGGAACAGGAGAGGAAAACAAGAGUCUGGCAAGAGAUGUUGCAGUGAAGUAUUUUUGCUUGGCUGAGGCACUUUAUUACAAAUCAUUGGAAGUGAUCAUCAACCAGGAGAAGAAACGGCUUGGAGACAUGGACCUAUCUGGCAUUCUAGAGCAGGAUAUACUUCACCGAUCACUGAUCGUCUGCUGCCUGGAGAUCAUCAUCUUCUCAUAUCGACCACCGGGAGAGUUUCCCAGAGUCCUGCAAAUCUUUGACCUCCCUGCUUAUCAUUUUUAUAAGGUGAUUGAGGUGUUGGUACGUGCGGAGGAGGGUCUUUUCCGGGAGGUAGUCAAACAUUUGAACCAUGUUGAGGAGCAGGUUUUGGAAUCUUUGGCAUGGAAAGGAAAUUCCCCACUGUGGGAGAGCAUCCGAGAGGCCAAGAACUGCGUUCCUGCUUGCCAGGAGGUAAUGCCUCCUCAACAUCUGGAGGAGAGUUCAGGAAGCAACAUACACACUCCCAACAAGAGUGGGUUCAGCAGUAAUAUUGCAGGAGCAGUAAAAGGAGUUUCUCCAUCCCCUACAUCUCUCCAUGACCGCUACAACUCGCCUCCUAUGGCUACAGCCUGUCGCCGCCUCUUCGUUGACGGAGAUUCAACCUCUGAGCCUGCUCAACCUGUUAAAGUGGCCCAGCCUUCUCUGGUUAGCCCCAUCCCUGCUGGACAGACUGUGGUCACCAUGGCAACAGCAACAGUCACUGCAAACAAUGGCCAGACGGUCACCAUACCUGUUCAAGGAAUAGCAAAUGAAAGCGGUGGCAUCACGUUCAUCCCGGUGCAAGUGAGCGUGACAGGUCAGAGUGGGGGGGCUCUGCCAACCCUCAGUGCCCAGGCUCUGACGGGCACCCUGACUGCCCAACAGCUGACGGCAACACCCACAGGCACAGUCCAGAACAACCCCAGCCCUGCCAAACCAGACAAGAAGAAUACUCAGCAGGGAACACCCACCAAACGAGCACAGAAGACCGGCUCCCUCUGCCUGUUCUUCCGCAAGGUAUAUCACCUUGCUAGUGUGCGUCUCAGAGACUUGUGUGCUAAAUUGGACAUUAGCGCAGAUUUGCGCAGGAAAAUCUGGACAUGUUUUGAGUAUUCAUUAGUGCACUGCACUGACCUCAUGAUGGACCGACAUCUGGACCAGCUCCUCAUGUGUGCCAUUUAUGUCAUGACUAAGGUGACAAAAGAGGACAAGUCCUUUCAGAACAUCAUGAAGUGUUACAGAUCUCAACCUCAGGCCAGCAGCAGUGUAUACAGGAGCGUGCUGAUCUCUGGAAGAAAGAGAUGCCACUCAGGAAACAGUGAAAACACUCACAGACAGUGUUCACCCACAGAGGGAGGACAAGAACAAGCCAGUGGUGAGAGCAGUCCUGUGUCCAUGCGCUCCAGCAGCACUCUGCCCAUUCCCCAGCCCAGCAGCACCCCAUCCACCCCGACCCGGGCCCCUGGGGUCCCACAAGAGCAGGGGGAGGAGAGGGGAGACCUCAUUAGUUUCUACAACAACGUCUACAUCAAACAGAUCAAACAGUUCGCUCUGCGUUACUCCAGCAACUCGCCGAAAAAUGGGGUUGAAGCUCCUCCCCUCUGUCCAUAUCCGUCAGUCCGCAUUGGCUCUCCACGCCGCGUGCUCCUAUCCCACAAUCACUCCAUCUACAUCUCUCCACACAAGACCGGCAGCCCUAUUACUCCUCGAGACAAGAUCUUCUACUACGUCAGCUCCAGCCCAUCCAACCGGCUGCGAGAGAUUAACAGCAUGAUCCGAACGGGCGAGACACCCACCAAGAAGCGAAGUAUCGCCCUGGAGGAAGAGCAGCAGUCUCCCGCCAAAAGGCUCUGCCAGGAGAAUCAGACGGCUCUGCUCAGACGCCUGCAGGAUGUGGCCAACGACCGAAGCUCCUCCCACUGAUGACUCCACAACAUCAACACCCGUAAAGAUACAAGUCGCC